GAAAGAUAUAUAUCCAUAUUUUCUCGUCAUGGAUCAACUUUUUGCUUAUACUCUAAUCCGUUAUUUUCUUUUGACUUUUUUAUCUGUUGUUUGUGAACAUCCUCCGUCCGUCAAUCGUGCUUUUCAACACAACAAUCAUAGCACAACUCCGCAACGCAUAAGCCUCAGAUUAAUAGAAUCUUCCACACAAACCUGGAAAGAAAGCCACAUCUAUCCCAGCGCUCGAAAUGGGUCUCUGCGUCUCCCGUCGCCACCAACCUGUCAUCGUCGCGGGUGGUGGACCUGCCCUCGUCCGCCCUAUGGGAAUGGGAAUGGGUAUGGGGAUGGGUAUGGGUAUGGGCCGUCCAGGAUUCGGGAUGCCACCACGUGUGGUCGUGGUCAACCAAGCUCCAAGGCGUCAUCAUGGUGGUUUUGGACCUGGUUAUGGGGGUCCUGGGUAUGGUGGGCCAGGAGGACGUCCUGGAGGUGGAGGGGGGUACGGGAGACCGGGUGGGAGAAGUGGGGGGGGAAGGAGACGUUGAUUGAGAAUUGA